AUGUUUUAUAUUUAUUUCAUUUUUUUUUCAUAUCUAUCAAUCUCAUUAUCUUCAUUAUCUAUCUAUCUAUCUAUCUAUCUACUCCUCUUCCUUAUAUUUCAUUUUUUUCAUAUCUAUCAAUCUCCUUUUCAUUCUAUCUAUCUAUCUAUCUAUCUAUCUAUCUAUCUAUCUAUCUAUCUAUCUAUCUAUCUAUCUAUCUAUCUAUCUCCUUCUCUUCCUUAUAUUUCAUUUUUUUCAUAUAUAUCAAUCUCCUUUUCAUUAUCUAUCUAUCUAUCUAUCUAUCUAUCUAUCUAUCUAUCUAUCUAUCUAUCUAUCUCCUCCUCUUCCUUAUAUCUAUCUAUCUCUCCUUUUCCUUAUAUUUCAUUUUUUCUAUCUAUCUAUCUAUCAAUCUAUCUCCUUCUCUUUUCAUUUCAUUUUUCAUAUAUAUCUUUUCAUUAUCUAUCUAUCUAUCUAUCUAUCUAUCUAUCUAUCUAUCUAUCUAUCUCUAUCUCCUCCUCUUCCUUAUAUUUCAUUUUUUUCAUAUCUAUAUCUCCUUUCAUCAUCUAUCUUUUCUAUUAUCUAUCUAUCUAUCUAUCAUCCUUCUCUCCUUAUAUUUCAUUUUUUUCAUAUAAACUUUUAUUUAUUUAUCCUAUUCAUUUUGUUUAUUUAUCCUAUUCUGUUCUCUAUCUAUCUAUCUAUCUAUCUAUCGAUCUAUCUAUCUAUCUCAAUCUUUUCUGUUUAGCUUAUAUCUUUUCAAUUUUAAUCUGUUCAUAUAUAUCUAGCUAUCAGUAUCGAUCUAUCUAUCUAUCUAUCUAUCUAUCUAUCUAUCUAUCUAUCUAUCUAUCUAUCUAUCUAUCUCAGUUUGUUCAUUAUCUAUCUAUCUAUCUAUCUAUCUCAGUUUGUUCAUUAUCGAUCUAUCUAUCUAUCUAUCUAUCUAUCUAUCUAUCUAUCUAUCUAUUUGUUCAGUUUGUUCAUUAUCUAUCUAUCUAUCUAUCUAUCUAUCUAUCUAUCUAUCUAUCUAUCUAUCUAUCUAUCUCAGUUUGUUCAUUAUCUAUCUAUCUAUCUAUCUAUCUAUCUAUCUAUCUAUCUAUCUCAGUUUGUUCAUUAUCUAUCUAUCUAUCUAUCUAUCUAUCUAUCUAUCUAUCUAUCUAUCUCAGUUUGUUCAUUAUCUAUUUAUAUCAGUUUGUUCAUAUCAUCUAUCACAGUCUAUCCAUAUCUACAUAUCUAGUAUUAAUCUAUCACUGUUCAUAUCUAUUUUACUCUGUUCAUAAUCUAUCUAUCUAUCUAUCUAUCUAUCUAUCUAUCUAUCUAUCUAUCUAUCUAUCUAUCUAUCUAUCUAUCUACAAAGAAUAA